GCAGGCCAUAGAUGGGUCGAAAAUCGGCCGAUUUUUCGGCCGAAAAUAAAAAAGGCCGAUUUUCCGAUCGUUAGUGGGCUAUUUGGUCGGCCGUUUUUCGGGAUUUUGGCCGUUUUUUUUUUUUCUGUAAAGUUGGAAAAAAAAUCGGCCGAUUUUGCCGAUCGGCCGAUUUUCGCGGCAAUUAGUGGGCAAAUCGGCCGAUUUUUUGCCGAUAAAAAAUCUGCGCAUGAGCAGUGACCUGCAAGAGGAAGACAAAAAGAAGAAAAAGAAGAGGAAGAGGAUGAAGAAGAGGAUGAGGAUGAAGAAGAAGAAGAAGAGGAUGAGGAUGAAGAUGAAGAAGAAGAGGAUGAGGAUGAGGAUGAAAGAAGAAGAGAAGAUGAGGAUGAAGAAGAAGAAGAAGAGGAUGAGGAUGAAGAAGAAGAAGAGGAUGAGGAUGAGGAUGAAGAAGAGGAUGAGGAUGAAGAAGAAGAAGAGGAUGAGGAUGAAGAAGAAGAAGAGGAUGAGGAUGAAGAAGAAGAAGAGGGUGAGGAUGAAGAAGAAGAAGAGGAUGAGGAUGAAGAAGAAGAGGAUGAGGAUGAAGAAGAAGAGGAUGCGGAUGAAGAAGAGGAUGCGGAUGAAGAAGAAGAAGAGGAUGAGGAUGAAGAAGAAGAGGGUGAAGAAGAAGAAGAAGAGGGUGAAGAAGAAGAAGAAGAGGGUGAAGAAGAAGAAGAGGAUGAGGAAGAAGAAGAAGAAGAAGAGGAUGAGGAUGAGAAGAAGAGGAUGAGGAUGUAGAAGAAGAAGAAGAGGAUGAGGAUGAAGAAGAAAAAAAAGAAGAGGAGGAGG